AUGGCUAGCAGCUGGAUGGGGAACGUGAGGUCUUUCAUCGGAAACUCCAUGGGAGGUCUUAGAGGAGGACAGAAUGUCGCUUCCUGGGCCGUCGCCGGAACAAUCGCCUACUUUCUCUGGAUUAAACCUGCUCAGGAUCUCAAAAAGGAACAACGGGAUAGGGAACUUCUCGCAGUGGCGGAUCCAAAUCAAUACGUGGAGAAGAGGAAACCAAUCGCUGAUCCUCAGGUUACUGGUUUGAUCUAUGGAAACAAGAAUAGAAACGAUAAACAACAAGAUUAA